AUGAAGAAACAAGGUGAACGCAAGAAGAAAAACAAACGACAAAGGGUAGAAAAAGAUCAAGACGAUACCAACAGCAAAGGUUCAGAUACCAACGAUGACGACGAUGACAGGGAACAUGAUGCAGAUUUCAUUCCUACAGACGGCGAUGAUGCCGAAGAGCAUGACAGCGACGCAGAACAUGAAGACGAUAGCAAAUCAGGACAGAAGGACAGAAAGAGGAGAAAGACAAGCGGAAAAGAAUUGGCAGCACCAACAGUUGACGAAGAACAGCAAGAAACAAAUGAAGAGAAAUGCCAAAUCAAGGCAGGGGCAGCGCUCAUGUCAAGAAAGCAUGGAAUUUACUUAAAGACCGUCACAAGCAAGAUAUUAGGACGGCAGGAUUUGGCAGCAUAG